GGGGCGGGGAGGGCGGGGCGCGAGGAGCCGCGGCGGGCGCGGCGGCGGCGGGCGAUGCGGGCGGCUGCGGGUACCCGGCGGGCUCCGCUCGGCCGCCGCCGCCUUCUUCGGCUCCGCCGCGGGGGUCGCAGCCGCUGCCGCUGCCGCGCCGUCCUCGAGCUCCCGGCGUGAGGAGGCGGCGGGCAGAGAGAAGCAUCGCGCUCCAGGCGGAGACCCAGAGGCAGCCCCGCGCCCGGCCUCGCUCACUGCUAUGGACAGUGCGAUCACCCUGUGGCAGUUCCUCCUUCAGCUCCUACAGGAGCCUCAGAACAAGCACAUGAUCAGCUGGACCUCUAACGAUGGGGAGUUCAAGCUCUUGCAGGCGGAAGAGGUGGCUCGUCUCUGGGGGAUUCGUAAGAACAAGCCUAAUAUGAAUUACGACAAACUCAGCCGAGCUCUCAGAUACUAUUAUGUAAAGAAUAUCAUUAAAAAAGUGAAUGGUCAGAAGUUUGUGUACAAGUUUGUGUCUUACCCAGAGAUUUUGAAAAUGGACCCCCUGACCGUGGGCAGGACCGAGGGAGACUGUGAGGUCGUGAGCUGCAGCGAGGUGGGCAGCGGCUCCAGGGACGCCGAGAGCGGGGGCAGAGAGAAGCCCCUGCAGCCCGGGGCCCGGGCCUCUAGCCGCAAUGACUACAUCCACUCCGGCUUGUAUUCUUCCUUCACGCUCAACUCUUUGAACUCCUCCAACAAGAAGCUCUUCAGACCUAUAAAGAUCGAGAGUCCGGCCGAGAAGCUGGCAGAGAAGAAGCCGCCCCAGGAGCCAACACCGUCUGUCAUCAGAUUUGUAACAACGCCUUCCAAGAAGCUUCCGGUUGAACCUGUUGCUGCCGCCGCGUCGGCUUGCCCGGGCAUUUCUCCGUCUUCAGAAGACCCUCUCCGAGCCUUGGAGACUUUGGCUUCCCCCAGACUGCCCGCCCUGGAAGCCCCGGCCACUGCCCCCAGCGGCCCCGGCACCUUUGCCGCAUCCCCUGGGCCCUCGACCUCCCCUUCUAUGCAGGAGCCCCCGAGGACACCUUCGCCACCACUGAGUCCGCAUCCCGACCUUGACACGGACCUUGAGUCAGUGGCAUCACAGCCCAUGGAGCUUCCAGAGAACUUGUCACUAGAACCUAAAGACCAGGAUUCAGCUUUGCUGGAAAAGGACAAAACAAGUAAUUCCUCAAGAUCCAAGAAACCCAAAGGGUUAGAGCUGGCGCCCAUCCUGGUGAUCACGGGCAGCGACCCAAGCCCGCUGGGGAUACUGAGCCCGUCUCUCCCCACAGCUUCUCUGACGCCGGCCCUUUUCUCACAGACGCCCAUCUUGCUGACGCCCAGCCCCUUGCUCUCCAGCAUCCACUUCUGGAGUACUCUCAGCCCCGUCGCUCCCCUGAGUCCAGCCAGACUGCAAGGUGCUAACACACUCUUCCAGUUUCCUUCUGUACUGAACAGUCAUGGACCGUUCACUGUGUCUGGCCUUGAUGGACCACCCACCCCUGGCCCGUUUUCCCCAGAUUUACAGAAAACAUAACCUAUGCACUUGUGGAAUGAGAGAACCGAGGAGUAAAGAAACAGAGAGACAUUCAACAUGAUUACCUUUGAAGUGAGCAGUUAAUAGUUCUACAAUGCUAAUAAUAGACUAUUGUGAUUUUUGCCAUUCCCCAUUGAAAUGCCUUUUUAAGAUUCUCUUUGAAUAUGACUCAAGUUGGACUGUAUAGAAAAAUGCCUUAAUUGGAGUCCAAGCUCCACCUCCCUCUUCCUUCCUUCCUUCCUUCCUUCCUUCCUUCCUUCCUUUCUAAUAUUUUGAGCUUUGUGUUCAAUUUUUGGUGGGGUUUAGCAGCUAGCUAUGGUUCGCAAGAGCAGUUAAGAACAAAGUUACUCCUUUUGCCUUACUGGGACCCUUUGGCCAGGAAAACAGUUAUGCUUUGCGUGUAUUAUUUGGAGAAAUGUUAACUGCAGUUGGUCAUAUCUUCACGACUAAGUGUGUUCUCUGGAAAAACAAAAAGUGAGCUGUGCACAAGCAGUGAAGAAAAAGCAGUCAUGCCUGUCCACACACACUGUGGGGGAGAUUCUGUCUGGCUUGAAGAGUAACGUAUGUAAGCAAUCCGCAGAAAAGACCUCUUGCAUCGUGGUGGGUUUCUCAGCCGCAUGUGUGAUCUUGUCUCAACUUGUGAACAGAGCUCGGAGCCUCCUAGUCUGUUGCAACAUAGGAAGGUGUUUUAAACCUGGGGUUAAGAUGGUGUUUGCAACAACCAGUGAGAGCAGGGGAGCCCACCUCUAGCAUGGAAGUGCCGUCGGCUCUCUGGGUGGGGUGAUUACACCCCCGUGGUACACAGCCUGGUUAAGUGAUGGCUUUUAGGAGGAAACCGGGUGUUGAAGUCCGGAGGCAUCUCUGAGUAAAACGUUCAGCUGGAUAACUUGAAACAACAUGCGGGGCUGUCCCAGUUAGAAGAGACUUUCUCUUUUCUGUUCGUCUUACCCUAUUUUCUACUGCACGUUUACCUUCUUUUAAACUUAAGGUUGUUAGGGGCUGUGCUAGUUUUAAAGAUGUGAUGAGGAAGACACAAAGCAAGGCAAAGCCUCCAAGUCUACGGUGAGGUGAAGGUGUGCUUAUUUCUUUGGCAAAGUGUUUUUUAGUGAGAGAGCAGCAGAAUUGGUUUGGAAGCUCAUAUGCAGGGAUUGCAUUGUUCAUGUUAGUAGGGAGAAACGGAGGCCUUCCUCUCUCUCUUACCACAUUGAGAAACUUCGACCGCACGGUAAUCAGUGCAGAUGCGGACGAUGCUCUGGAGCCUCCAGACUGAAUCGAUACCAACAUCGCAGUGGAAUUGGUGAAAACCGUGGCUUUUGAAGUCUAGCAUUAGGGGUGCCCGGGUGGCUCAGUUGGUUAAACUACUGCCUCCCGCUCAGGUCAUGAUCCCGGGGUCCUGGGAUCUAUUCUCGCAUCGGGCUCCCUGCUCACAGUGGGGAGUCUGCUUCUCCCUCUGCCUGCUGCUCCCCCUGCUUGUGUGCUCUCUCUCUCUCUGACAAAUAAAUAAAAUCUUCAAAAAAAAAAAUAGAGUCUAGGAUUAGAUUAUAUGCCACGGCUACCACCACAACACUGCCCAUUAACCUCAUCUUUUAACUCUAGAAACAGUUCAUUGAGUCCCAUAAACUAAGUGGAAAGAGGGAUUCAGGAUUUGAGAGCUCAGAAUGACACCGAGACAAACCAGCAUCUUCCAGAUGUGUAAGACUCACUUUAAAUACGUUUCUGUACCAUGUAGAGACGCUGUAGUGUGGGACAGCCGAGCUAGGUUAGUGGUAAUGGAGGGACAUAUUCAGGGAGCUGUCUUUCUGUUUGUAGCAUCAGAAACCUGUUAGUGGUUCGCGUGUGGUCGCCACCUGCCAUCUGUUCUUACGGGGUCCCAGGGCUCUGGGGAGCAGCCGGUGGGACUUGUCUCCCACACCGAGUCACUUACUUCGCAUGCUUGUUUGAAAGUAGACCUCUCGGCAGCACUUUGGAAUAGUUUUAUUAGGCUAAUGACUAUUUUGUACUUUAAGUGUAAGUAUUGAUGGCGUGAUUUAACUUGAUAUUUUCAAUUUUGAAAGCACAAAAGUAUUUUAUCUUUUUGAAGUAAAGGAGAAAAGCCAUUGGUUGUUUUCGUAGACAAUAUCUUUGAAGAUUAACUGUCUCAGCACAGGGGUGCCUGGGAAUCGAGGGCACCGUUAAAACUCAGUCGCAGCACCUUCCUGGGAACCAGUUUUAGUGAGUCCUCUGUCUGUAAACCUACCCCGGAAGCCUCCAAGAGGUGUGGGCCUCAGGAGACGGAUGAUCUGCUUUCUGUUUGAGAUCAACUGAUGUGGAAAGUGUGUGGGGGGUGUGUGUGUGUGUGUGUGUGUGUGUCUGUGUUUCCUUUUCUAAAUGAAAGUUUACAACUUGAGCUCAAGUGAAUGAGGCAGACCGUUCUGUUUGUAAACUACCUCCUUCCUGGAAAAGUUUCAGCUUCAUGUUUUUUUUCUGUUUUUUGGUUUUUUUUUUUGAAUAUCCAGGGUCGUUCUUAGCAUCAAAAUAGGUGACCUACCAUUUAAGAUCAAUAUUCACUGGAGAGCCUUCUGUUUGGUAUCUGUGGCUAUAUCCCAAAAGUAGCCCAAGUUAAGGUAAAGGAGCAGGUUGAAUGAGUUUCUGAGACAUCUGGGAUCAUCUGAGCUUUUCAUCUACUCUGGCCCAUAUCUGCUCAUUUGUAGGCUGGGAAAUGUUUAACAACCAGGCUCUCUGAAGGGAAAGGAAAAAGUCCAUAAAUUGUAGCAUUUGCUGAUUUCCAUGAUGUAAAUGACUCCCCCUUUGGCUGAUUUUAAGCCACUGCCUUAGUGUUGAGAAGGGAUGAACAGAGCCGUGCACGCAGCCGGUGGCCACCUCAUUUAUUCCGUCCCGGGGUGGAUUUUCACAUAAAUUCUAAAAUCUUUUUUUUUUCUUAUUCAUAUGCUGAUUUUUAAAAAUAAAAAAUUAAAAUCAUAUGUCUAACUUCAGUAAUCUUUUUUUUUUUAAUGGCUUAUCAGUGCUUUUGUGAUGUAAUAUUCCUCAUGGCAUAUUUUAUGUGUUCUAACAAAGGUGAAAACUUCCAUUGAUUUUUAAAAAUAGAUACACGGGAAUAAUCCAGAAAUUCUCAAGAAGUCAACAUAAGCAUCUUAGAAUUAAAAUGUAGGUUUAAUUUUUCCACAUUUUGAUGAUUAAAUUAUGAGUGUAAAUUUCUUCUUCAGAUGUUGAUGGGGAAAGUAAGCCCAUGAGCCAGUAUCUACACACACAUGGGUAAAUACGGUGAAAGGGUACUGGAUUUUUUUUUUAACUAAAAGAAUUCCUUGACAAUGUACAUACAGUUUUAGAGAUCCAAAAAGGCAGGUCUGUUGAAUCUGUUCACCUGGCCCAAUUUCUAGUUUUUUCCAUACUGUGUGUCACUUGGGCUUGGAGGGGAAAGGAAGCCAGAGGCUGGGGAUGCUGUAGCCGGCACAGCAGGCUCUUGGUCCUCUGACCGCAGGCCUGCCCCAUUGGGUGAGGUCUGGCCCGGUAACCUCGUUUCAUCCCGAUCUCAGAAUAUUUGUUAGGAUUACGAAGUUCUAAAGGUAGUUGUGUAGGUUUCUCGGGAAGUUAAGCACCUGGAAGCACCCCCUGGCAUUUCAGAAAAGCAGUCUCCAGCCUUUCUGAACACACAGCUUGCUCCGUGAAAGUUUUUGAACACCAGUUUCCUAUUGCAAAAUCCUGUAUGUAUAAAUUAAGAUGUAAACGACUGUGUGAAAGUCACAUGUACAUCGUAAGACAUACACAAAAGUCAGAAUUAAGGAUGGUAUAAAAAGGAAGUCUUGACUGGAAGCUCUAGUCUUUCUUCUUGCCCCCAGGAGAUUGUCUUGCACACUUCUGGCAGCCCGCAGUCUCCACCGCACAGACCACUGCCUCGGGGUAUCAUUUCCAGUCUGAUCUUGAAAACAAAAGGUGGAUGCUUUUGUUGUGUGAUACAUGGAGAAAUCCUUUACGUGUUUGAUUUGAUUUUCAUGUCAAAUCUCUAGAAGUUCAGUUUGGAAAUCUUCAGGAAAUCUUCAGUUUGUCUUCAGCUUCCUGAAAUUUUACAUUAAUUCUUCUUUCCUGCAUAAGCCAUUACCAAGCUUCCUGCAUAGUAUUUUUGUCAGCCUGUUUCUUUUCUCUCCAGAUUAGGUAGGACUUUUACUAGUCUGCUUACAAACUUUUGGCCUUAUUAAUGUUAUAUUUCACCAACAAAUUCUCAAUUACUUUAAGUUGCUUUAUGCAGAACUAUAUAACCACCUUCAUUUCCUUGCUGCAUUUGUAAGUUUUGAUUUUUGAUUUUUUGAAACAUUUCAGCAUCUGAAGAAACACUUUCCUUAAUAGGCCAGUGCUACUGAUCAUUUCACUAACUUGUAUAUAUUUUAGUUAUCUAGACCCGAAAUCUAGACUUGUGUGCAGGUGCCGCUCUUGGGCGUGUAGACCAGUCUGUAGACGAGUGCAGGUGUCUUUGUGCGGAAACCUGGAGCUCCGAGUGAAUUACCAAACCAAUGGGAAAGUUAGAAAGAUUACUCACCAGUUAUCUGAGGGGAGAACAGAACUUGUUAUUUCUAAAUGGAGCUGAGAAGUUCAUUGUUCACCCCACAGUAGGGAAGUGGAGGUCCACAUUAAUUAUCUUUCUAUAGCCAGUACCCUGACCAGAGAAUGGGGCCUGUGGAAAACAUUUUGUGAAUUAUCUUCUUGGUUUUGGGUCAACAGAUGUUAGUUCCAGUGCGGCAGGCUUUACCUGUAAGAAGGAGCCCCGUUACCCCUCUUAAGUCAUCAGAAUUCUGCUUACUGCAGUUUGAAGUUUUAAUCUUAGAAUCUAGAAGUCUUGUGGGUGGUAGAGUAUUAAGCAAGAGAAGAAGGCAGUUUGAUUUCAUUUCUCGUACUUGGUGGAACCUGUUAGCACAAAAGUCAUGUUUUGACCUGUAAACAGAGUAGCCUGAAAGGUGAGUUGUUGAUGUGGUUUUUACAUGUUCCAUUUAAAGCUGCCAGUUUCUUCAGGCUUUUCUGGAGAAAAAAAAAAAAAAAAUUGCAAUAGACUGACAGCCUGCCAGAGCAUGGCUGUCGCCGGGAUGCUGCCAUCCGUCACGAACGCGGGAAGCCCAGAGUGGCUGGUGUGACAGGGGAGGUGUUGGCCCUCAGGCUUUCCGCAGAAAUCACGACAUUCAGGCUGUUGUUAACAUCCUUUUACAUGAACCCCCUAAUAAAACUCAGGAGGGAUACAAUCAAACAUAGUAAGGCUCUUGAACUCUAGUUUUUUUUUUUUAGUUAUAAUACACAUCAGAAAGUUUUGUGAGGUUUAAAAUUUUAUUUUUAAAGACGUAAUAGGGAGACAAGAGCAUUUCCUUCCAAGUCAUUCUGGCUUAUCGGCUGAGUACCUGUGUAUGUGUGGCUAUGCUGAUGCACUGAGCGUGUGUGUGCGCGUGCGUGCGUGUAAAUAAACCUUCCAGAGGGAACAUACUUUUCAUCCUCUUGGAUGGCUCCUAGGCUAUUUUAUACUGAAACUUAAAAUCGGCCACACUUUGCGGUUGCCACUUUGAAAAAACAAAUCCCUUGCACAUUUAUUUUUAAAUCCCUAGAAUCGUAGACCUUAAAGACUAACUGCUUGCCACCCUUUUAGAACUAGAAGGCUGCACAUGACGUGUGCUGAACAAAGUCAUGUUGACCCGCUCUUCUGCACACGUGUCAUGGCCCUUUCCUGACAUUUCUACAUGUCUGCUUUUGUGUAGAAUCCUCAUUAAGGUGGGUUCUAAGUUUCUCACAGAGCGGUUUUAUACCAAGAGUAGUAUUUCUAAAGGACAGAUUUGACCGUGAAUUGAUGAAAUGCUGGGGAAGUUCUGGCACUGUUUAUCCAAACUGUACCGAAGCAGCAUUAGCAGAAACCUCAGAGUAUCUUGGGCUGAAUGUUCUUUUCAGCUUUGCCUUGUUUCCCAUCUCAUAAGGGCCCAUUCUGACUCUUGUCCCUCCAAGGAUUAUGAGCCACUCUAGGAUAGGCAUGGGACCUUCUGGACAAGGGUGGGCACUCCCCGUGGCCGAGCCAGAGUUCUAGCCAGUAGAAUCAUUCAAGUCUGCCUAGAAUAGAGUUCAGGGGUGGGAAUGCCACAUACUGGUAUUAAAUCACUUGGCACUUUUUGGGGCACCAUUAUUAGCACUGUUUUGUUACUAAUAACUGGAAGCACUUAAUGAUUAUUUUGUUUAAUUUUGACCUAAGGAUACUGAGGGUCAGAGAAGUAAUGUUUAUUUCUCAUUUAUGUUUUCUGGAAUUAAGACUCUUUGGAGAAAAGACAAAUGGAUUACCUAAUGGGCUAUUCUUUCAGGCUCUAUAAGGUAUGCUCUUUUGGCUAGGAUGUUUUAAAAUCAUUUGCAAGCUUUUAAUAUUGUGCUUUGUAGAAAUAAAUGACUUUUUAAAUAAUUUACAGUUGAUGGAACACACUCAGCUUUGUAAACUGUCCACUUUCCUGUUCCUUCUCUGUUUACUCGUUGUUGCUUAUUGUCUGUUAGGGGACGCAGUCCCUUCAAAGACAUUUCUUAUUUCCUGUUUUUGAGGCCAGUACUACCAAGGCCUAUAUAUGUACAUUACAUUCAGUGCUUAUGUGGGAAGUAGCAAUGUCUUAUGUACUUCUGUGUUCAUGAUUAGUGAAAUUAACUAAUAUGCAUAUAUGUAAAGAUAGAAAUUAAUACAAUUAAGUGUUUUGAUCACUCGCGGCCUAUUUUUUGGUCUGGCCAUUUGAGUUUCCUAAUCACAGUCAUAUCGGUUUCUGCACUUUUGCCUUCAUGUAGUUUCACUGACCUCUGUGGGUAGGGAAGAUUAAAUAUGAAACACUCAGCCCAGUCAUUCUGCUACCGGUAGCUUGGUUUGAGGUGAAUACAAUUUUUGACUAAAAUCAGGUUUUUAGAAUUACACCCUUUAUUGGCCAGAUAAUCAAGUUGGCUUUAAAAAAAAAAAGUGUAUAACUUUGCAUUUUGAAGAAUAAACCUGUAAUUUUCUCUGAGCCCUACUGGAUCUUCAGGUGUGGCUCUCGCAUGAAGGCUGAGUGUUACUACAUAGUAAACAUUUGAUUUUCAUCCACCCCGUGUCUGAUGCCGAAGAUGAGCAUAUGUCUGCUAGAGACCUCGGAGAGAAGUGUUCUUUUACGUUCGCCUCUUAGUUUGGGAUGCGCAGUAGUAAGAACCUGUCAGGGUUUUUCCUCUAGUCGGGAUCGGCUUGACUGGGAAGACCGUUCCUUCCUGGUUUAUUGUCCCCCUUGUUUGUUGAAAUCGAUCUCUCCCCGUGUCUGGUAUCCAGCACUUCUGUGUACGUGAGAGACCGCUAGGUGAUGCAGGCACACACUUACCAGGGGCACGAAUGACAGAUAACACGUCACUAAGAACUUGUCUUCAUAGGGGCACCUGCAGAGUAUUAAAAUUGCUUUUUUUCUUCUUUUUCCUAACACUGCAAUUAAAAUGAUGGUGACCGCUGCCCUUUAUUAAACUCAUACGGAUGAUUGGUGCAGCUGGAGAGCAGCUGCUGUGUCUUCUCGCUCAGCAGUCUGUCCUAGCCUGUUGGGAACCAGAGGGGGUUGUUUUAAGGUUGGCUAGGAUUAACUAGCCAGAGUCCGGAAUUCCCUUCAGAUGUGGCCGAGCACCUUCACACAGAGCGCAGGUGGGUGAGGACAAGGCGGUAGCACUUUGAGGGCUUCCUGAUACGCUGCUUUCAAAAGAGAAGAGUGUAGCUGGUUCUCAGCGUGGUCCAGACACAGCAGGGGUUGCGUUGAUAGCCUGUCAGGUGACCCUUUUUUCUAUCACUUCAAGUUUUAUGCAAAAAUUUUGUUAAAUUCUGUAAUGGUGAUGUGUGUCUUUGUAGAAGGAUAUGUUAAAAACAACUAUUUUUAUGCAGGAACUGACAGAGGAACUUGCUUUGUAUAAUGGCAAGCUAGCUUUAAGAAAGCACUGUAGCAAAUUUACUGAAGUCCAAAACUAUAUAGAUAUGUUAAUAGAUAUGUGUGCAACUAGAUAUGGACAACAAUUGUAUUUUUUUAAAUAAAUAUUUUUAACAAAAUGA